GUACUGUUCAAAUAAUUAGUCAUGCUAAUAGCUGAUAAAGUAAAAAUUGCAUAUGGGUGCUCGAUUCUCUAAUGAAUUAUACACAACUGGAAACAAUAUUUUAAAUAUAUCUAUAGUGAUAUUUAAUAUUUAAAAUUUUGUUGUAAGAAAUAUUCUCGGGGAAGUCUGUAUGAAAUGGUGAUAUAGUCAUUAGCCUUAUAAGGUGUUGGUGUUAUUGUAUAUCAUACUUCCAUCACGGGAGAUACUGAGUAUGGUCGCAUAAAAAAGAUGACUGCUGUAUCACCCGAAAAAUUGACUCUUAAGAAAGCCGGAGAGUUAGUCAUACUUGCUAGACGCUCUUUUCCUGAGACACUAUCGUCGUCACCUGAUUUUUCAGAUCAUGAGAGUUCCUCAGAUGAAAGUUUAAAUAAUGAUCAGGAAAGAGAUUUGUUUCGACAAAAAAGUGUACUAGUGUCACAACCCCCAAUUAAACACCGAAAAUUGAGCAAUUCAAGUAAAAGUAAACCUACUCAGGAUAAACAGACCGUUGAAAAUAUAGAAGAUAGUAGGAUAUACAACGACGAAGAGGUGGACAUUCAAGGUCAUUUAUCCGUAAAGGAUGAGUUACAAAAGUUUCGAACCUUUGCAGGUCAUGAAAUAAUUAAGCGUUAUGCUGGAGAGAAGAUAAAAGCUGGGUUACGUGUAGUGAGAACUGCUGACAAGGAUGGUGGAAGUUCAAAAGACAAGCCUAAUCGUUUAGGGACGAUUAAAGCAGUAGAGAUAUCAGGCAAAAAAGUAGAUGUUCUAUGGGAUGAUGUUGAUGAUAUAGAAGCGUGCAAUACGGGAAGGGGAGAUGAAUUUGAACUACUUUUGUUCGAUAAUUCACUAGCAGGUGCAAAACAUACUCUACCUGGUGUUUUAUGUGAGUCGUGUCAAGCAAAUCCACUUCGAGGAAUAAGAUGGAAAUGCUUAAAUUGUGACUUCUACAAUCUAUGCACUGUGUGUUACAUGAAAGAUAAACAUGAUGUCAGUCACAUCUUCAGACGGAUUCAAAAUGAGGAUGCCAAAGGCGUUGAAAUGCCGCCACGGGUAGAUAUACAAAAGACAGGCAAGAGGUAUGCCAGAGGUAUACUACCUAAAGCACUUGUUAGAUUGAGAGGAAAACAUAAGAAAGUUUGGAAGGUAGCAGGGUACUGUAAAUCGGAAAAUGACACACUUGAAUUGAAGAUCAAACGUGACGAGGAAAUACGUCAAUCGAGAAUAAGCGAACUGAUAUGUAAAAAGGGGAGAACAGUUAAAUACUAUCCUGAUCACCUUCCAACCGUCGGAAAAGUUGCCUUUGGACAUUUAGAGGUUUAUUUUAAGGACAAAAGCAUGAAGAAAAAGAUUCAGGUUGAUAUCUGGUGUAUGACAAAAAGAGAAGAGAAGAAAUUCUACACACCUAGUCUGUUUUUAAUUUUUGCCAACCAUGAAGGAUACAACGAAGAAGACAACACUGCUCUUUUAGAAGAUGUUAUUGAGUUUUCAAAGAAAACAUUGUUACCUUGUUAUGUUGUUCAUCAAAGACUGCUGUUUUAUCAUGGAUCAACAACUGCUGUAGUAAUACAUUAUAAAACAAGAUAUGAUAUUAUAAAGGAAUUGGUAAAGAAGGGAUAUUCGAAUUUUGAGAGGGGAGAAAUGAUAAGUGAAGACGAAAGUGAAAUUGAGUAUUUCAAAAGAAUGGCAGAAAAUGUCUUGGGUGAGAAAGUUUUGCCUGUGGUCAUAUCUCUACGAAACGGUGGAUUUAUUGAGACUGUCUUGUCAAGUGCAGAGAAAAUGCAGUUUCCAAUUGUACAAAUUGAGAAAACCAGUAAGGCUGUUAGUGUUUUAACUUCUUUGACAUUCGAAGAAAAUGAAUCACAAUAUAAGGCAACGACACAUAUAACGACUUUGAAUAAACCAUGGAGCGCAAAAAAAUCAAAAUCAUUUUAUAUACAGUUAAAGAAGGAAAAUACAGACAAUCUGGAUGAAAUAUCAACAAUAGCUGAUAUACCCAGUCAGAUAGAGUUAGAUAUUCUUGUAUGUUACUUACUAAUCGGAGCAUCAAUGGCGAGCCACGAUGAUGCUGACAUGUAUGUAAAAGACACCGACAUGUAUGAUAAUGCACUGGCAAUGUACCUACUGAAAAAAGGACAGUGGAGAAUCCCAAAGGAAUUCAUCAACAAGUACUUUGGUCUCCAAUCUUUCAGAUAUAUCUACGAAGAUAAUGUAACAACAGACAUGGGAAUAUGGUCCAAACUGAGGAACAUACCUUGUUUGGUUGAUGUAACACCUAAAUGGAUUACAGAAGAGAGAAAAAGGGCUGGUUUCAGGUUAUACGGGCUAAUUUUUUAUGCUUUACUGCAGAAUCAAUAUUACACUGGUGCCAAGCAGUUUAUAGAGACUGGAUUUGUACGAAUUCAUCAGAUCUUAGUUGGCUCAGCAAUUUUGCAAGAUGUUGCGGACGAUUGGAGAACCAGUCAUUUUCAGCGAAAAACACUACAGAAACUACAAAAGGCUUUCACAGAGCGUGCAAUUCAAAUUACUGGCUGCAUGUAUGAUGAACGAAAGAAAAAAGACCAAAAAGCUACAGUCGACAAUAACAAUAAAGAGAAAGCUGUCAAAGAACUUGGAGACCCAGUUUUCCAUGUAGGUAGAAUUCUGUUGAAUCAUGGAUGUCUAGGUGAUGCCAUACAACAUCAAAAUAAAACAUUCAUGAAUAGCAGAACUGUUGUAAAAAUUCUGAAUAGAAUGUGGUAUGGAAAACCAGAACUAUCUUUUAGCCAGGUUGCACUGUUUAUCGUGUUAGCACUGUCUCACAUAUUUAUUAUGCCAUUAUUGAUGGUUACCAUGGAAAAGAAACCGCUACGAUGGUUUUAUAAGAAAUACAAGUUACCGUUCAUGAAAGUAUUAAUACAAAUGUUAGGAUACGUAAGUCUAUUGAUAGGAUAUGCAUAUAUGCUGCUGUUCAACUUAGGAGAAAAUUUCUCAUAUACAGAUUACUUUUUAAUAGGAUGGAUGGCAAAUUUUUUCCUUCACGAAACAAAGCAGGUACUUGUUUCUGUUGCAAGAAACAGAUUUGAAAACUAUGCCAAUGACUGGUGGAAUCGUCUGGACUGGGUUUUGAUGAUAACUUUCACGUGUGGAAUGGUUUUAAAAUUUGGGGAAAAUUCUGUUUCUAAAGAUGCAGGAAAAAUAUUUCUGGUUGUUACUUUCAUCUUAUUGUGUAUCCGAAUUCUGAAUAUGUUUUCAAUGUCAGAAUUCGUUGGACCGAAGCUGAUAAUUAUACAGAAGAUGUUUAAGGACACGUAUGCCUUUAUGACUAUAAUGAUAGUUAUAAUGAUCAGCUUCAAUGUGUCAUAUUACUCACUAUUGUACCCGAACUCUGAGUUGAGUUGGUCAGAGAUAGAAAAUAUAAUGAAAAAUGGUUUUUGGAUGUUGAUUGGUGAUUUCGACCCUGAAAGUGAUAUAUUGAGAGAACCUGAUUGUACUUUUAACAAAACUGCAUAUACCAAUGGUGUGUUGGGGAGAUGCCCUGAAACGCUGGGUGUAUACUUGUCUCCGUAUGUGAGGGCCAUUUAUGGACUGAUUGCCAUUGUUUUGAUGUUAAAUUUACUGAUAGCCAUCUACAGUGAUACAUUCGCUAAAGUUCAUGAGGAGUCAGAAUUUUACUGGUCACAGCUUCAAAACGAUUUCCUCGAGGAAUACAUGUUAAAGACAAUAUUUCCUGUACACCUACAAAUUUUUGCUAUUCCUGCUUUUUUACUUCAUUUAAUCGGUUGGGUGUGUUUUUACUCUUACAAUAAAAUACGAGGCACUUACAGUAAAGAAACCAAUGACGGCAAUUAUGUUGGAAAGCUGAAUGCAAGUCCAAUGUUUGUACGAGUAUUUAUAUACAAUGCAAAUUUUGACCUUUUACUCGCUGCAACAAAAGAAGUAGAGCAACGCUGUGUAAUGACAUCAAGAGGGAAAAUAAAUGUAAUGGAAGAAGAUAAAAUGGAGGAACUACAGAGACAAAUUGCAAACAUGAACAGAAAAUUAGAAAAGAUAAAUGAGAAGACAAAUAGAAAGAAUGGAAAGGAAGAACAAAAGCAAGUGGAAAACGAAAACAGAAAUUUAGAAGCGACAGGCAACAAGAUGAAAAAGACAUAUGAUAAGGAGCAAAAAGGUCAGAUAGAAAAUUUAAGUCAGAAUUUUAGAGAGUUAAAAGACGAAACAACCCGGGAGAAUAUAAAGAUGAUGAAAAAGCUUACGCAAAUCGAUGUUAGUUUAAAUCGAAUAGAGAAAAUGAUCAAACAAAUUAGUCCUCAGGAAAAGUUUCAAUAUCUUGACCCAAUGUUCGAAAAUGAUGAUAACGAUGAAACUGAAGACGCUACCCUUAUGAUUCCUGAACGGACAUUGCCUCGUAAUGACACAAAAAAAGACUGAUAUACACAAAUGGUAUUUUGCUUGCUUCAAAUUGUAAAGUCGCAAGGACAAUUACUGAUAUUUACUGCAUAGCUAGAAAUUAUAUGAAAUGUAUCGCAAAUAUUACUAUGUAAUAAAGUUUUACAUUGAA